AACAGUCUUUUAGUUGCCUUUUUCAAGUGAGGACGUGAUCACAGAGAAGCGGGCUCAAACUUUUCCCGAGUUAUGGCGUACAACAAAGACGAAAUGAACGCACCCAAGUGGAUGGAUGGGGCGUUUUUUGAAAAAGUGCUUCAAAAAUUAGGUAACGAUGACUCUGUCAAAGUUACGGAGUUUACGACCGCACCCGGGUCCAAACCUGGAGACCACUUUGCGAGCAUCAUCUUCCGAGCUGUUGUUAUAUUUGAAGGCAAGGGUAAGUCGAAAGAUAUUUCGCUGAUCGUCAAGACUAUGCCGGAGUUGGAGGGUAUAAAGAAGGAUCUGCUCGAGGAUGGACGACUGUUUGAAACUGAAGCGACCAUGUACAAUAUCGUGCUUCCGGAAGUGCACAAAAUGUUGCUAGCUGUAGGAGAUGACACCGUUCUGGGGCCAAGACUGCAUUACUCCUCAAAGGAUCCGGUUUGGGUUAUGGUUUUUGAAGAUCUUUCUAAAAAAGAUUUUGUUACUAAGCCAACUCAACUAAAUUUGGAUGAAGCAAAGAUGUUUUACGCGAAACUUGGUAGAUUGCAUGCCGCCUCAAUGUGUCUUGCUGAGAAGCUCCCGAAUAUUAAGAAAAUGGAUUGUAACAUCGGUACUGCCUUCAGAGGAGAUAUUACCGAAACAUGGAUUAAAAAUAUCGGCAUACUGUCUAGACUGUGUCUGGAGUGGCCUGGAUACGAGAACUAUUUUGAACAAAUCGAAAAGUACAAAACACAAAUAAUACAAAAAAUAAGGGAGAUUUACACUUCUAAUAAAACCUCACUCUACAACGUUUUGAAUCAUGGCGAUAGCAACCAUAGGAACUGCAUGUAUAGAAUUGUUGACGGAAAGACACAGGAUAUUAUGCUGCUCGAUUAUCAACUCAGCUGUUGGGGCACACCUGCAAUCGAUAUCAUCUACUCACUGUACCAGGCAGUCAGCGUCGAAACCAGAGACAACCAUCGCGAUCAACUGAUCAAAUUUUACCACGAUGAAUUUGUAAAUGCCUUGAAAAAAUUUGGAUAUGGUCAGAAAAUCCCUUCGAUGAUGGAUCUGCGCGUUGAAAUAACCAAGUGUGGCCAUUUAGAAGCUUUCCUGGCUACAACGUUUCUACCGUGGUUCAUGCUGACUCCGGAUGAAUUGAUGCCUCAAAUUUGCCAGAGCUCUGAGACAGACAUCGAGAUCGAUUUAUCCAGUGCCGAAGGGUGGGAAAAAAUGGCCGACCGUGGCUUUCGGCAUCCCAAAUAUGUCGAGGCAAUCAAGAGAUAUCUGCCGACGUUAUCGCGAAAGGGGCUGUUCGAUGUUUGAGCACUGGUUGAUAAAUUAAAACAAAACAGAGGAAAAA